CAGAACGAGUUAUUCUCUGCUUAGAGGCCAAUUAAAAUUGGUUUCAUUUAUGUAGUGUGGUUUGUGCUCAGUCGUAGAAAUCCGAAAUUGUUUUGAGUAGUUCAGGAGCCAAAGAAAAACUAUUCUCAGUCAUGUAUAGGAACAAUGUUGCUGGGACUGUAAGGAACAACGCUAAUCAAGAGAACAUUUAUUCUGUCCCACAAAAUUGUUCUGUUCUUCAAAAACAACGAACGGCUUUGGGAGUGUUAAAUGAAAACGAUCAACAGAUACGUUCACUUUAUCAGGUUCCUCCUAAACCCAAUGGUAUCGUUGCACUGGACACACAUGGCUUCACUACUACUAAAAGCAGCACCGUUUUUGGGGUGCGCUCGGUUACUUUUGUACCUCACCCAAACUUCAAUAUUUACAUGGAGGAUGAAAUCCAAGAUGAGGUUGAAGUAUCAAAACAUAAUCUGACGUCCAGUUUGGAAACCAGAUUGGGGGAAACUGGUCAUAUUUCCAAACCAGCAAGCGACGAUAUAUUCUUGGAUCUUAGUGAAGCUUCGCCAAUGGUAGUAGAUACAUCAGUUCGACGUUUCAAUUGUGAACAUGUAGAUUUUCUUUCUGUGGAAGAAUAUGCGGAAGACAUUCAUCAAUACCUUCGAGAAGCCGAAGUGAGGAGUAGGCCAAAAAUUGAUUACAUGAGGAAGCAACCAGAUAUAACAACUAGUAUGCGCUGCAUCCUUGUGGAUUGGCUGGUGGAAGUCAGCGAGGAGUACGAUUUGCAAACGGAAACUUUGUACUUGGCAAUAAACUACUUAGACAGAUUCCUGUCAUGCAUGUCGGUACUACGAGGAAAGUUACAACUUGUGGGGACAGCAGCCAUGCUGGUGGCAUCCAAAUAUGAAGAAAUAUAUCCCCCAGAAAUUGAUGAAUUUGUCUACAUAACGGACGACACAUACACAAGGAAGCAACUCUUGCGCAUGGAGCAUCUCCUCCUCAAGGUUUUGAGCUUUGAUAUGAUGGUACCGACAGUCAACCAAUUCCUAACACAAUUUUUAAAGGAAGAGGGAAUUGGAGGACAAAUGGGAAACCUGGCCAUGUAUAUAGCUGAACUAAGUUUACUAGAAACUGAUGUAUGUCUCAAGUACAUUCCUUCCCUGACGGCAGCAGCUGCAUAUUGCUUGGCAAACUACGCAAUCAAUAAAGCUUUUUGGGCAAAAUCUCUUGCUGCAUUCACUGGUUAUUCACUGUCUGAUAUUGUACCUUGUCUGAAUGACUUGCAUAAGACAUUUCUUCAGGCAAAAUUUCAGCCACAACAAGCAAUUAAAGAAAAGUACAAGAGCUCAAAGUACUUGGGAAUUUCUCUCAUUGAACCCCCAGCAACUUUGCCUCUGGAACUGAAGUGCAAUUGAAGAAUGAAAAUGGAGUGUUGAUACCAAAAUAGACUAAACUGGGCAUGGCAACAUUAUCAUUUGUGGAAUGCUGCUGGGCAUCUCCAUAUGGCUGUAGGCCAUGACUGGGAUGUCUUUUAGAAUAUUAAGGUGCAAUUUUUGUCUACAGCAGGGGUUCCCAAUCUUUUAACGUCAUGGACCUCUACCAUAAACAGAAGAGUUAGAGGACCCAGGUUGGGAACCCCCAGUCUACAGUAUUUUAAACAAUCCACAAAAUUCAUUUAGUUAUAAAUAUUGAGUAACAUGUAUUUUAAUGUAAAUCAUCUCUCAUUUUUAGCUAAAGUUACUUGGAUGAGAAACAAAUAUAUAUUGUACUCUGCAGCAGGGCAGCCAA